AUGAGGACCUUCCUUUUUUCCCUUGUUAUUUGGGCAGUUAGUUUCUCGGAUGCCCCUACCAAGAUUCUGACCAAUGGAGUCCUUGUGGUUCAUCCUUGCUUGUCUCUGCAGGGCACUCUCAAAAGAGAGGAAAAAUCAAAAGAGAAGCAGCAAGGGAGCUGUGAGGUCAAGCUGUCUGUUCCAGGGGCAUAUGAGAAAGAGCUGCAUAUCCCUUGGGGACCUGACUGUGAGCAGGAUGAUGGAACCUCAUUUGUCUUUCAUGUGGACAAAGAAAUGCAUCCAGAAUUGCAAGUGGAGCUGGAGCAAACCAUAUCUGUCCUACAG